AUUCCCCAUACAAAACGGAGAACGUUCUCGAGAACGGCAGAGCUGUCGAGGUUCUCGAGAGCGAUUAAAACGCUCAGAAUAAAACCAUGGAGGAAUCAAGGCCAUAUUUGGAUAACAUUCGCUAAUUACGUCAAUUCUUGUUACCAAAGUAAUACCCAAAACAUUUUCCUUAACAUCAGUUGAAUUAUUAACUGUACCAUCGUCCACACUGUUAACUGUGCAUCGGUUGACUUUAUGCCUUUUGUCAUAAGGUCCAUCGAUGUACAGUUAGGAGUGUUGCUGUUUUAAAUUCUCAUUUAUUUUUACGUGUGAGUAAUGUAUAACUUUAUCCUGUUCUGAUAAUUUAUGUGCGUUCGUACCAUUUCUGCCUGGAGUAUUUGCCGUAGUGGUCAUAUCAGAAAACAACAAAAUGGGGUUCGGUGAAUCUACAGUAAAAUUUUUGCUGUUCAUUUUCAACUUGGUGUUUGCGUUGGUCGGCGCGACGCUCCUAGGCCUUGGAGUGGCUGGGUACCUGAAAGUAGAAGCUGUUGCGAGGAUUCUUGGACGCUAUGGAGGCCAUGUGCCCAUCUUCUACAUCGUACUGGGGUCGCUGGUGUUCGGCGUCGCGUUCUUCGGGUGCUGCGGGGCUGUGACCGAGAGUCAAUGCAUGCUCUUUACUUUCUCUAUCUUCAUGGGUAUACUGAUGGCCCUGAAAGUAAUUCUGAUAGCUUUGGUGUUCGUGAAGAAGGAGUGGCUGGAUGAAGUUAUCACGAAUACUAAUGAGAAGUUGGAAGCUAAAGGCGUUUUAAAGGACCCGGUGGACCCUCAGACCAUCAGGAUUUGCUUUGCUGGCGUUUGCUCUGUCAUUAUCGCCGUGGAGAUGGUCGGUAUGGUGUUCGGGUGCUGCCUUGGUGUCCACGUGCGUCGCAGCAACGGCCAUGGUUAUGCAUAGACCGCCCACGCUGUAAAUCCUCGUACAGCCGCCAUCAGAUAUAUCGGAGCGGCUAAGGCACUCACAAAUAUCUGAACACGCCUCUAUUGUCAAGGCGUUAGAGUGCGUGUUCAGAUAUUUUUGAGCACCUCGGCCGCUGCGGUAUAUCUGACGGCGAAUGUACAACACGACGUGGUCAUGCCCUCAAGAUGCUGUAACCACUAAAGGUUACAUUCAGAUUGGGACUGCAGCAACGCUGCACCAGUGCAGAGUGGUGCUGCGUUGCAGCUGCUAAAAGUUGUUGUCGUUACCGCACUGUCAAGGUGACAUUCGGAUCUCCACUGCAGCUGCAUUAUGGUGACAGUCCAUUUCCAACGAUUGAUUUUACUAUGGAAACUAUAACAUCGACGAGUUCGUACUAGUAAUGA